GAGGUCAUAAUUGAGAACGGGGUGUGAUGACGUCACCAUCUGCGACGGGUCGUACGACUGACACGCGACAAAAUACAGUUAUCGAGCGGCUAAGAAACUAUGUUCUAGUUUGAUAUUUUGGUUUCAAAAAAAGGAAGAAGACGUGUAAAGCUUAAAGUUCAGCGAGUGAAGGGGCGGGUCGGAGUUUUCCUGAAGACUCGCCUUGCGCCAUCUCGGCUGAGAGUGAGAGUCACAGGGCAGAGGAGGGCUGCCAUGUAGACACGACGGAACGAGAAUGAGCGGUCAAGUCUUUCCCACAGAGACGACAGAUGACCACACGGUCCAACAGGAAAAUGAGUUGGAGGCUCUCGCGUCCAUUUUCGAGAAAGACUUCCAGGAUCUGCGACAAAAUGAUCCGUGGAAGGUCAAAAGACCUCCUGAAGUGCACCUCUGUUUACGCCCUAAAGGCCUGAACCACAGUCAAGAAUGUUACGUGACUGUGGACCUUCAGGUCAAAUGCUCACCCAACUACCCAGACGUGCCUCCAGAGCUGGAACUGACCAAUGUCAAAGGUCUGUCCAAUGAUAACCUGCAGACCCUUCAAAAUGAAAUCACCAAACUGGCAGCAGUACGAUGUGGAGAGGUGAUGAUUUAUGAGCUGGCAGACCAUAUCCAGGGAUUCUUGAGUGAACACAACAAACCACCUCCGUGCUCCUUCCACGAAGAGAUGAUGAUGAAUCUUCGCAGACAGCAGGAGGCACGAGACCUGGAGGAGAAGCAGAGGAGAGACCAACGGCGCAAGCAAGAGGAGGAAAUGGAAAAAGAAAUAAUGGCUGAAAUCCAGCGACGAGAGGAGGAAAAACGAGAGGAAAAGAGGAGAAAGGAGAUUGCCAAACAGGAGCGACUUGAAAGUAUGGAGCAACUAAUCCCUGCUGGCGUUUUGGGAAAGAGCCCACCCAGUUCAGGUGGAAUUCCUCCGGACAGCAUAGACUCCAAGAAAGCAGUCCCAAACCGUCGCCGGAAUACCUCAAGUACACGUCACAGGUGUGAGACAAUCACUGAAGACAACUCGCAUGUGCAGGAGCGUCUUCACUUCAUCAGCAGUACAUUUGGAGAACUCGAUGUCCUUAGAGGGAGACAUUUAGGACAAAGUGAGAGUCUUGGCCGGAACGUUUAUAAUGGGUUUGAGGUGAAUUCGGGUGACUUUGCAGUCAUUUAUGAGUGGUCACUGCGCUGGAACAAGAAAAUAGGAAAGUUCUUCACCAGCCAGGAGAAAGGAAAAAUUGAGAACUGCAAGAAGCAGAUCCAUGCUGCAGAAAAUGAAUUCAACUCCCUCCUGCGACUUGAGCACCCAAACCUGGUGCGCUACAAGGCACUGAACUCCACUGAGAAGGAAGACUGCCUCGUGGUGGACCUGCUGGUUGAGCAUGUGGCUGCCUUCACGUUGAACCAAAGCAUCGUCAAUCACACCCCCAUUCCUCUGGAGAAACUCUGCCAUUAUACUGCCCAGCUACUUGCUGCACUCAACUACCUGCACUCAAACUCUGUGGUCCACAAGCAUUUGGGUGCAUCCAGUGUGCUGUUGGACUCUGAAGGGAACGUUCGAUUGACCGAUUACAGCUUAUCCAAGAGAUUCUCUGAUAUCUGUAAAGAAGAUAUUUUUGAGCAGGCGCAUGUGCGUUUCUCUGAGACCACUGCAAUGCCCACCAAGACUGGCAAAAAGGGGGAUGUGUGGAACCUGGGGCUGAUGCUGCUGGCUCUUAGUCAAGGCAAGGUGCUGAAAGAGUAUCCCGUGACAGUGCCCUCCCACCUCCCUGCUGACUUCAAAGACUUCCUCCAUAGGUGCGUCUGCCUGAAUGAUGUUGAUCGAUGGACAACCCAGCAACUCUUGGACCACAACUUCAUUAAACCUCCAUCACCUAAAAACCAGCCUCAGUUCCAGGAUAGCAGCCCAGAAGUGCUUGCUGUGGACUUUGCAUCGUCAGUAAUCCCACGUAGCCAUAUUCUUAAUGCGCCAUUCAGUUCAGGAGUGCAGAGACAAUUUUCUCGCUACUUGAAUGAGUUUGAGGAACUUCAACUUUUGGGGAAAGGGGCCUUUGGUGCUGUGAUUAAGGUUCAGAACAAUCUUGAUGGUUGUUACUAUGCUGUGAAGCGCAUCCAAGUCAACCCAGCCAGCAAGCAAUUCAGACGCAUCAAAGGGGAAGUGACGCUGUUGUCGCGUCUCAACCAUGAGAACAUUGUGCGGUACUACAAUGCGUGGAUCGAGAGGAGUGAAGUGUCAUCCACGGGGCUGCUGAGCAACACCGAUAGCUCAGAGCCUCAGAGCACUGCUGACAAGUCGCCUCCAAUUCAGAAACCUCUGCCCCGGCUCAAUGAGCUGGGCCUUGCUGACAAUGUGGAGGACAUUGCACCACCUCCAGGCUUGUCUAGCUCAGUGGAAUGGUCCACCUCUAUUGAAAGGUCUUCCAGUGCUAAAUGCGGUCGACACGAGUCAAGUGAUGAAGACGAUGACGACGAUGAGGAGGAUGAUGUGUUCGGCGCCUCUUUUUUGCCAUCAGAUGACUCCAUCUGCGAUGUCAUCUUUGACAAUGGCGACGACAGCGCAGAUGAUAUGUUGCAGGCUGAGCCAAGCAAAAGGCCAUUGUGUGAAACAUCGGAAAGUACAGCGACUGAUCGAUCUAUUGUCAUAGUGCAUUACUUGUACAUACAAAUGGAAUACUGUGAAAAAAGCACUUUACGUGACACAAUCGACCAAGGUCUGCAUCAGGACCAAAAUCGUCUCUGGAGGCUCUUCAGGGAAAUCCUAGAUGGUCUUUCUUAUAUCCACGAACAGGGGAUGAUUCACAGGGACCUGAAGCCUGUCAACAUCUUCCUUGACUCCCAAGAUCAUGUUAAAAUUGGGGAUUUUGGCCUUGCCACGGACCAUCCGGCCACUGUGGCUGCUGGUAAAUUUGAAGUGGAAGAGAGUGGUUCUGCAGCAAUGCAAAAACUCGACCCCUCAGGAAACCUGACUGGCAUGGUUGGUACAGCCCUCUAUGUUAGUCCAGAAGUUCAAGGAAAUACCAAAGCAAUGUACAAUCAAAAAGUUGAUUUGUUCAGCCUUGGUAUCAUCCUUUUCGAAAUGUCUUACCGGCCGAUGGUCACUGGGGCUGAGCGGAUUUCUGUCCUGAGCCAACUUCGUGCAGAGGCUAUUCGCUUUCCUGAUGACUACAAUAAAUAUGAACAGGGAACGCAGAGGAAGGUGAUAGAGUGGCUUCUGAAGCAUGAUCCCGCCCUGCGGCCCACUGCCCAGGAGCUGCUCAAGAGUGAACUGCUGCCUCCGCCCCAGAUGGAGGAGUCGGAGCUGCAUGAAGUGUUACAGCACACAAUGGCCAAUAUCAACUGCAAAGCUUACCGCAGCAUGGUGGGGCAGUUGUUUUCUCAGACAAAUUCGCCAGUUAUGGAUUUCACCUACGAUAUAGACCUUCACAAGGGCAGCUUCAGCCUCAGAAGCGCCAAAUUGCAGCAGUAUGUGUAUGAGACGAUCACCAGGAUUUUCAAGAAGCACAGUGCAGUGCCCCUGCAGACACCGCUGCUCUUGCCCAAAACCAGGAAGCUCUGUGAAGGCAGUGAGCCGGCCUGUUUCAUGGAUCACAGUGGCAUGCUGGUGACGCUGCCCUACAACCUUCGUAUGGCGUUUGCAAGAUAUGUCGCCCGAAACAACGUAACACAUCUAAAGAGAUACAGCAUUGAUCGGGUCUUUCGGCCAAGGAAGCUGGAUCGCGCUCACCCAAGGGAGCUUCUCGAGUGUGCCUUUGACAUCGUCACAUCCGUGACCAACAGCCUGCUCCCAGAUGCCGAGACCAUUUACACCAUCUCUGAAAUAGUCCAGGAAUUCCCUGCACUUCAGGAGAGGAAUUACAACAUUUACCUGAACCAUACUAGUUUGCUGAAGGCCAUCCUGCUUCAUAGUGGAAUCCCAGAAGACAAACUAAACCAGGCCUCCAACAUAUUAUGUGAUGCCAUGAGUGAAAAGCUGACCAAACGUGAAGUAGAAGCAAAGUUCUGCAAUUUUGCACUGUCGACAAAGAGUUUGCAGGUGUUGUACAAAUACAUAGAACAAAAAGGAACUCUGAAAGAAGUAGCAGCAUUGCUAACUUCCCUCACUAAGCAGAAGACGGCUGUCAUGCAGCUGGCCAAGCAAGGCCUCAAGGACCUGGAGGAAGUCACGGCGUUGCUUCAGAGACUGGGAAUAAAACUACCAGUGGUAGUAAAUUUAGGUUUAGUGUACAAGGUGCAGCAGCACUCUGGGAUCAUCUUCCAGUUUGUGGCCUUCAUCAGGAAGCGCAAACGGACAGUACCAGACAUACUGGCCGCUGGAGGACGCUAUGACCAUCUGAUCCUGGAAUUUCGUGGACCCGCAACCACAGUCCCAGUGCCCUCUGCAGUAGGUGCCAGUGUGGCGUUGGACAAAGUCUGUGCCGUGGUGGCUAGCAUGGAGGAGCCACCAUCAGUAAGCUCUUGUGAUGUCCUCGUGGUCCCAGUGGGACAGUCGACUAUGUCCAGAGCCAUCAGUGUUGUCCAGAAGCUGUGGAGCAAUGGUGUGUCUGCAGAUAUUGCCUAUGAUGUCUCGCAGUCUCAGGAGACCUUGAUGGACCAUUGCCGGGUGGCUGGCAUCACGUGCAUGGCCAUGCUUUCUGACAAAGAGGGUCACUACGUGAAGGUCAAAUCUUUUGAGAAGGACAGACAGUCUGAGAAAAGGGUUCCAGAGUUGGAAGUGGUCGACCACAUCAUUCAGAAAUUUCGGGCCAAAUUCAUAGAGGAAAGAUGCAUCAGGGAAAUAUCUGAAAGCAUGUGCCAGAACCCCAAAGGCUCGUCCCAGCUGAACACCACAGGAUCUUCCGAGCAGCAUGGGAGCAAUUGCAACAUUAACUUGAAUGUGAAUGUCAUCAGUUUGGAGAAAGUGUCUGCCAGUACAAGACGGCGCUUUGAGACUCAGAUUCACACCAGAUUACAGACUCUUGCAAGCAGUUUGCAAAAUAGGAGUAGUGACAUUGAAGUUCUGGCAGUUGACCUUCAGAAGGAAACACUGAUCAACUUCCUUUCUCUAGAGUUUGAGAACGAGGAGCAGUACAACAGCAGCGUGAAAACUCUUCUGUCACGUCUCCCGAAGCAGCGCUACUUGAAGUCCAUCUGUGACGAGAUCCACACUUUCAAGAUGACCAAAAGAGUGGCUGUGGUGGUCCUGUACAGUUUGAAGGAUGACUACUACAAGACACUCCUGUGAAAACCAUUGUGUUUCCUGACCUGGGCCACUUCCUGUUUCCGGCUCAAGAAAUGUUCAACUUUGUACUUGAAGAAUGUGCACUUGGACGUCGACAAGCAUUUGACCUCAAAGACACUCUUCACUACCUUCAUCAUACCUCACCUUUGUUGAUGAGACUUUAGGAGGUUGGUGGACUUUAAUAUUGCCUUAAUACUUCAGUAGGGUUUUUUGUGUUUUAAAACUGAAAACAGAAUUCUUUUUGUAAUGAGGAGCAGGACUGUAAGUAGGAAUAAAUUCAUUCCUUACAUGUUGCAA